AUGCCACCAGAUAGAGUUUUUGGACAAAUAGAACAAAUUUUGAGGAAAAAAGAGGAUAUUGUAUCCCCUAAACAAUAUCAUGAGGUAUUUGAGAAAUUGUGUUCUAUUAAAGUAUACAACAAGGACUUUUUAUUUUAUGAUUAUAAAACAGCAGUAAAUAAAUUGGUAAAAUGCAAAACUGAUUUUAAAUCAACACAACAAAAGAUUUUUACAUAUAUUAAAGGUGACAAAACUGUUGGAAUUUCAACAACCUAUAGUGGAUUGCCAUUCAAGAUAGAAGUGAUAAAAAGAAACUCAGAUCUGUCUACAUUGACUCAACAUCUUAUAGAAUCUAAGACAAAUCAUGUAAAGGUAUUGAAACAAAAAGAUGUAAAAAAUCUUAAAAGAUGA